UGGACGAUCAACAUCUACUGCUGGAUUUCACCAGGAUCCCCCAGAUCAUCUUACACCGGAUAGACCAUCUACAGGAUUAUGUUGGAAAAGAGGAGGAUUUCUCUGACCAGCAGCUCUAUGAACAAGAGAGGAAUUCCAGUUCGGGCCAAGAGGAACCAGAACCUCUGCAGAUAAAAGAAGAGCAGAAAGAACCAGAACAUCCCUGGACAAAAGAGGAAACCAUGGAGCUCCCCAUAAGUGAGCAGGAAGAGCAGCUUGUUCUGAAGCAAGAGACAGAAGUUACAGGAGAGAAACCUUCCCCAUGUUUAAAAUUUGGAAAAGACUUUUUUUUUUAAAGAACCUUUAAUUGUUCACAUGAGAACCCACACACAUAAGAAGAUUUAUAAAUGUCCUUCCUGUGGAAAAAUGUUCACAAAAAAAUCUGAUCUUGAUAGACACAUUAGAAGUCACACAGGUGAGAAGCCUUUUUCCUGUACCAUUUGUAACAAGAAUUUUACUGAAAAGGGAAAUUUGACUAUUCACAUGAGAAUUCACACUGGUGAGAAGCCUUUUUCCUGCACGAUUUGUGGCAAACGUUUUACUUUAAAACAUUGUUUGACUGGACAUAUGAGAAUUCACACUGGUGAGAAGCCUUUUGAAUGUCUAUCCUGUGGAAAAAUGUUCACAAAAAAAUCUGAUCUUGACAGACACAUUAGAAGUCACACAGGUGAGAAGCCUUUUUCCUGUACCAUUUGUAACAAGAAUUUUACUGAAAAGGGAAAUUUGACUAUUCACAUGAAAAUUCACACUGGUGAGAAGAUUUAUGGAUGUCUGUCCUGUGGAAAAAUGUUCACAAAGAAAUCUGACCUUGUUAGACACAUCAGAACUCACACCGGUGAGAGGCCUUUUUCCUGUACCAUUUGUAACAAGAAUUUUACUGGAAAAAGUAGUUUGACUAAACACAGUAGAAUUCACACAGGUGAGAAGCCUUUUUCCUGUACCAUUUGUAACAAGAAUUUUACUGGAAAAAGUAGUUUGACUAAACACAGUAGAAUUCACACAGGUGAGAAGCCUUUUUCCUGCACGAUUUGUGGCAAACGUUUUACUUUAAAACAUUGUUUGACUGGACAUAUGAGAAUUCACACUGGUGAGAAGCCUUUUUCCUGUACCAUUUGUAAAAAAAAAUUUGCUAUAAAAGGUAAUUUGACUGCUCACAUGAGAAUUCACACCGGUGAGAAGCCUUUUUCCUGUACCAUUUGUAAAAAAAAUUUUGCUAAAAAAGGAAAUUUGACUAUUCACAUGAGAAUUCACACCGGUGAGAAGCCUUUUUCCUGCAAGAUUUGUGGCAAACGUUUUACUUUAAAACAUUGUUUGACUGGACAUAUGAGAAUUCACACUGGUGAGAAGCCUUUUUCCUGCAAGAUUUGUGGCAAACGUUUUACUUUAAAACAUUGUUUGACUGGACAUAUGAGAACUCACACAGGUGAGAAGCCUUUUUCCUGCAAGAUUUGA